AUGGACUCCGAGGCAAGCCACUUCCCAACAGCGAGCGAGGCAUUUCGUGCGGUAGUGAAAGCUGCAGAAGUGCGAGGUGUUUUGAACGCUUGGGAUGUGAUUGUGGAGUACGCAGAUGGAAGUGAUGCCUCGUUGCCUACUGCAUCGGUGUCACUGUCUUCGUUGCGCGUGCGCCAGGAAAAGUCUCGGCGCCAUCCAGGGCCUGCGCAGGUGCUAUGUCCACCUUGUGGUUGGCAAAGAAUUUGGCGCAUCUCUUGCGACAGUCAUGUGCUUUGGGACCGAGCUGCUAAGCUCCAUCACCUCCCGGGCCCUCCGGCAGAUGUUCGAUUACCACUAGCAGCAGCCGAGCAACUUCAUAGCUUUUCCGUACUUCCAGCUGCAGUCUUGGCCCGCAUCCUUCUAAGCUGUGACCUCACUGGCCUGUGCUGCUUGGCAGCUGCGGCUCCUUUAUUCUGCUUUGGAUCUGCAGAAGUUGGAGAAGCGAUGCCGCUGCCGCUGCCCUCAGCAAAAGGGCCAGAUCGCUGGCUUUCGUUUGCCCGAGCAUCUUUGCUCUGGGCAGAUGUUCUUUCCUGUGUGCGUCUGGGGUCUGAUAAAGUUGCUCGACGAUGCCAAAGCCGGCAGUCGCGCAGUGUUCCAUGCACACCCGGUACGGGGUGGAUCACAAGCAGUGGCGAAGGAACUGCCGCUUCUUUCUCAGGUGUCGCAUCGGUGACAGUCACACCGGAAGCAUCAUGUGCUGUGAUGUGCCCUGAUAAUUCUGGUUUACUGGCUACGGGACACCAAGAUGGCAUACGUCUUUGGAAAAUGCCGGCGAUGACGAAGCUUGGUGUUGUCAGAACACGCAGCCCUGUGGUCGCGGUUGAUUUGGGCAGGGCUGGAGAUUUCCUAGCCGCUGUGCAAGCUGGAAGCCCUUUUUUGGUGCUUUGCAUGUGGGAUUUGACGCUAGAGGCAGCCGGCCCUGGUCUUUCAGCACCGCUUUGGUCCAUCAAUGUGCCAUCGGCUUCAGUUUUGAAUUUCCUUGGCACUUCGCUUAUUGUGCCCAGCGCGUGUGAUGGAGUUGAACUUCUGGAUGCCAUGAACGGGACAAAGGUUCAGUCUGUUGAUUUGCGAGGGUGUCCUCAGGCGGCAUGCCGUUGUACAGAGCCGCGUGAGUGGCAGUGUGAGGCUUCGCGGACAGCACGUACAUGUAUUCUGCUAGCAGUGCGGUCCAAAGUCUUGGCGUUCUCUGAGCGUGCUUCCACACUUGUACAGGGAAGUGAAGUCUUUGAGUUUGUUGAGCCCGAGGCGCACGAGACGCAUGCUGAACUUGUUGCCUUAGGUGCUUCAAGGACUGAAGUUGCCUCUGCCACCUCCGACGGACGUGUGUUGGUCUGGAAGCUUGUUGAACGAACGCUGGUGGGUGUUUUCCACACGUUCACCGCGCUGGAUUUUGAGAACUUGUCCUGGUCGGUUGGCCAAGCAGAGACGGUGUUUCCCUCCCAGCAUAUGCAGAUGCUCGUCCUUGAAGAGGUGCUUGUCUUUGUUUCCGAUCUCGGGCAGCUGGGAAACCCCUCUGCAGGCCAGCAGGACUCCGACAAUGUCGCGCGAGUAGCUGGUGCAAAGCACAGAAAGGCUGUGUGCUGA